UGUUGCUAAGGAACGUACUGGUCAGGGUGGAAACAGGUGACUUUCUGUGAAGAUGUUUGUGUAUGUUGUGAUGGAACAGUGCAGACGACAAGCUGCCCUGCGCGGUCUUCGGGCUGACUGGAUUGUACAUCAGUGAACUAAGGUCAAACCUCUAAAACUGUUUAAGUUACUUACGGACCAAAUGGAGACUGCAGACAGAUUCGGAGAAGCAAGCUUCUGGUAAAGAGAGUUUCUGCCGUGCUGUGGACUUAACUUUGGAGAUCAACGUUUUGGGUUAAAUAUACUCACAGGAAGAAUGCCGCAGUUUAAAUCGGCAACAACAUGCACUAUUUCAGAGGCAUCAGAGCCUCUCAAGAAGGGCAACAUCCGAAGAGUACGACUGACACUGCAUGCUGAUGAGAAAAACACCUCAGUAAAAGAUGAAGUCAAAAGUAAAGGGAAAGCAGAAACGGAAGAGAAAACAAGCACAGGAAACAGGAAACAGCCUGGAUCUCUUCAUGCUGAAAGAGACAAAUCCUCAGUUCUGCUUCUUCAGAAUGGCCUUGGUUCCAAUACCACUCCCAAUGGCACUGUGUAUGGAGUGGUCCAGCGAGCGGACACAAAUAAAGCCGAGGUGGUUGUGUACGAAUGGUCGGUGAACCAGCUCAAGGAGGAAAUGAACUACAUUAAGGAGGUGCGGCAGUCACUGGAGCAGGUCAGAGAGCAGAUGUUUGGUGAGUUCAAUGGAAUGAAGCAGAGAAUGCAGCAGCUGACGGAUGAAGUGAAGGCAUCGGAGGUACGGCAGGCAUCUCUACAGCAAGAAGUGAGCAGCAAUUCCUCAGCACUGGAGCAGUACAGGCAAAUGAACAACUCCCUGACAGCCAUGACACUAGACAUGCAGAGGACCCUCUUGGAUGCAUCAAUAGAUUCCAACAGGAGGCAGGAGAAAAUGAGAGAUCUUCAAAAGUCGUACCAACUGUCACUGGAGCAAAUGAAGGAGAAAGAUCAGCAGAUACACAACGCACAAAUGGAGAACCAGAUCCUGAAACUCAAGAUAGAAACUUCUCAGGAAGCCAAUGUCAGUGCAAUGAGGGAAAUGACCAGAAAACUUUAUAACCAGUAUGAUGAUAAACUGAGAGAAGCGGAACAGAAACAUCAGGCUGAAAAAGAAGCUCUUCAGGCACGAAUAAAUCAAGCUGUCCAUGAACUGAAGUUAGCCAAUGAAAAGAUUUCGGCAGCAGAGCAGAAAAUCGCAGAAAGGGACCAGAGGAUUCAGGAGUUGGAUCAACUCAUUGCCCGAAUGAUGGAGGAGCGUCACCUCUUACAGCAGAGGUUACAGGAACAAGAGGAGCGGCUCCGACAGCUCAGACAGAGAGAUGAACCAGACGCACGGACCAGUGAGAGGUCCCAGAAAGCGGAGGAGGAAGCUGCCAGUCUGAGGGAAAGAAUUCAACACCUGGACAACAUGGUGUACUGUCAGCAGAGGAAAGUCAAGCAAAUGAUUGAAGAGGUUGAAAUUCUUAAGAGCAAAAUCCAACACAAAGAUGCAAUUAUUGAGAGCAUGCAGGAAAGGAUUUCUUUCUUGGAAGCUGAGAAUAAAGAACUACAAGACAAACUGGACUACAUGAUGUCACUGGAUCAACAGAGAGCUGUGGAGACCAGGGAGCAAGCCGUGUCUUGUGAUAUUCCCAGCAGGUUUACUCCAGUGACAAGCAAUCACAAUGUAUCCACCCCGUACAUGAGGCUCUUGGAAUUUAGUCUGCAGAAAGAGACACUCUGACCGUCCUGCUCUUUUAAUGCUACUGAUGUCUGGUGGAAUAUGUGGGCAAUCCAAUGGCAGCCAUGCCUCAACUGGUUUGACUGAGUUGGUGCCUCACAGAAGUGGUUUGGUAAUGUGAGUGCAAUAACAUUAAAUGGCACAAUGAAGGCUAAUGUCUCUUUGCAUCAACCCGUGCACAUCAAACUGUAUACAUGAAAUGAACAAAAAAAAUGCAGUAUUUAUUUUCAAUAUUAUUAUAAUAUAAAUUUUAUGCUGGUUAUUUUGGUUCAGGAACUGAAAUUAAUUAUUUUUAACUAAGGUGAUAUAUAAAUGCAGAAAAAUAAUUCUUAAAGGGGUUUUACAGAGAGUUCUUGAGUUAAGAGCUGUUGCUUAAUUGAAAAAUAAUUUCAGCCACUGUUCUACAUUGUAGGCUGAAGUGCCGAUGUCAUGCUGAACUGUUCUAAAAGUUGCUGCCUGGUAUUUAACAUUGGAGCUGUAUGUGAACCAUUGUUCUGAUUCAUUCUCAGAAUAACUUACUAUUAAUUCUGAAGUGAAAUCGGUAGCAUAGAGAACACAGCCUAAUGGAACCUUACCGGAGAGAAUUGGAUAUGGAUUUGUAACAAUACUUCUGAGUGGGACUCGAUGAGUAGUUCUCCAAAGGAAUUGGCGAAGGAGAGGUGUCCUAUUUAAGAUGGAGUUCAGAGCAGAUUUUCUGUCUUGGGGGUUUAUGAGUCCAAAGGCCAGUGAAAUCAGAAUCAUUGAACACGCUUAAGAAGCAGGAUAUGAACAUUACUGGCAACAGGCAGCAAUGUGGAGUUGAAGUUACGAUUUUUCAAUGGUAGUACAGGCUCGAAGGGCUGAGUAACCUCCUGAUUUGUAUCCUGUCUAUAAUGGAGCUCAAACCAGUGACCUAUUGCCACCAGGGGGGGCUAUGCUGGCUGUUUGAUUGGUAAAAGUUAUAAAUCACUGAUUCGUUUUCAAGAUAACAGAGUGAUAACUGAAAAUGGAUGGGCAAGGUGCCAUAAGAUAAGACUAACUUCAGAUUUGUCAUUGUCAAGUAACCUGGUCACAUCUCUGUGACAUCAGUUAGGUUAGAUGCCGAAUAAAUUCGUUGUAUUGGUAAUCAUAUCAUGAAGAGAAGUACAUGUAAAAGUUGCAAACUAGAUCUAACUCUGAUUCCACAAUAAAGUUUGCAGCUUCUUCUGUCUGUUUAAAAGGAAGUUGUUAAGGUAGGCUUCUGCUGUUUUGAGCUACUUUAAUAAUGAAAUAUUUUGUUAAGUAGCGCCGAUGAAAGAACAUGCAAACUGCUCACAUGGGAUAAUUCACUUUUUAGAUUUGAGUAUGUAAUAAAGUUGUUGAUGUAACUUUAUACAGAAAGGCAGAAACCUUCAGACCCUGUUACUGAGAUGAAAGUAGCUACAGUGCCAUAAAAUGGAAGAGAAGUGAACUGCUGAAAUCUGGUUUAAGUUAAAAUUCUGUGUGGCUUGGGGCAGAAUUAAGUGAAAACAGAAACAGUGUUAGGAACCUCAGUUGAGGUAAAUAGUGGAGACCAGUCUGGCCAUUGAAUUUAACUACCCUCCAUGCUAUCCAAACAUAUAAUGUUAUCCUUAAAAGAACAUCAGCUUAUUUGAGUUUAAAAUCACCUCAAUUUAUUUGAUGAAAGGAAAGAAAUUACAUUUAGUUAUUUCCUUUCACUAACUCAAACCCUCCAGAAGUAUUCUCUAGCCAAUAUAGAAAUGGGAAGAUCCCACACAAUUAAAAAAAACAUUAAACAUCUAUUUUGUUGAUACUAGUUGGUAGGUAAGCAUUUUAAGUUGCAAAGAAAGCAGAGAGAUUGAAUGACACACAUGAUGGAGGAGCUGGCUGAGUGAAAGUGGUGAAAGAUUGUUAAUUAUACCUGGUCUGUCCGGGUGAGGUGUAAAUGGUGGGAGAUGAACGAGGACAGAAAGAAAAAAUCCUGGCAUUGUGAGGUUAUGAAAAUCUGUAGUUGCUGGAGAUGUUCAGCAAAGUAGACAGCAGCAUCUGUGAGGACAGAAAAACGGGUUUAACAUCACAGCUAGUUUUGAAACAAAUCAGAAAAACUCGCUACCUAAAAUUGUCAAUUUCAAUGUUGAGUCUUGAUUUAUCAACCAUCAGAGUGCAUUAUCCACAGCCCCCCCCCCCCCCCAUCUUCGGUUCUAUUGUGCAAUAACCAUUAGGCCUUUUUAUGUAUUUGCAUCUCUUGGGUGGGGCUUAAAUUUAUUACUCAUCAGCUGUAGAAACAUUGUCCUUUUUCCAAAGCUGGAAGUGAUCAGCUUCCAAGAACUGUGAGGUUGAGGCGGGGACUCUCAAAACAUUUGAGAAGCAUUUAGACAAGCACUUGAAUCAUGAGGCAGAGCAGAGUACAGACAAGUGUAGUUAAAUGGGGUUAGUACAGACUGGUACUUGAUGGUUGUCACAGAUGGUAGGCUGAAGGGCAGUUACUAGGCUAUAUGACACCAUAAUCCAGUCAGACAGACUGAUCAUUUCCAUCACUGCCAUGAUUAAUGCAUUGGUAGAAGUCACAGGAGAGUGUUAUUUACAAAUAUAUAUUGAGCACCAUUUUUAAAAGUGGCUUCUGUUGUCUUUAACUUUCAAAAGCAACAAUGACAGAAUUGGUCAAAGGAGGAAGUUCCCAUUUCAGAUUUAGCCAGAGGGUUUUCUUCAUGUAAAACAGAGCCAUUUCCUUUUUAUAUGAGUGUGGCAUCACCAUUAGAAGAAAUCAGAUCCUGUGCAUGUUAUUCCAGCUUGCUUACUGACGUCACAUUGUAUGCUUCAUUGCUCAUAUUGUAAAUUCUACAUCUGUAGAGCUAGUAAUGAAAAUAAGGAAAUCUUUCCACCCUUUUGCAUUGUUACAGUUAGUGAAAACAGGUGGGCUAGCUGUUAAUGAAUGCUGGAAAUAUCAACACAUUUACAUGUGUGUAGGAAUCCAUUUCAUAGAUGCAGAAAUUUCCCACCGAAUUCCUGGUACAUUUGUGCUAAUUAGGCAGAGAGAGCAGGUGCACAUCGAGAAUUCCCACAAAACUGCUAAUAAAUCUGUACUAAUUACCAGUCAGAGUGAGGAUAAAUUCAUUGAAAGAAGCAGCAGGAGUUGGCUGCAGUUUUCUGGUGAGAUUUUCUGGCUUGCAUUUGGGCUCAUUCGCACUGUAACCACACAAAUCGUGUAUGUACAUAUUUGUAGUGGACAACGAUCAUUACUUGGUUUGUGAUGGUCACAUCAUUUGCAUAUAUAAAUAUAUUGUAUUCAAUAGAGUGAUUUCAAUAAAAAGAUCAUCUAAUCUUUCAAAAUUGAGAUAUCUAUAUUUUUAUUCAAGUUAUCAAAAGUAAUGUAUAAAAAACAAAGGUUCAAUAUAAUUAAUAAAAUAUUGGAAUAUUGUAAUUUCAUUAACAGUAUUUAAUAUUUCAUUCUUUAUAAUGCAAAAUAUCAUUUUAAUGUUUUCAGUAUAA